CUGCGGGCUGGACGCCACCGCCCGAGCCUUGCGACCUGUGCGUGCGCCCACCGGAGCCGCACUUCCUGAUGACGCGCGCAUGGGACGGUAACCGGACCGUCAACAGCAGCGCCACCUACACCUGCGGCGACGACAUGACCACCAUGUCCAACAAGUCGGUCCAGGUGCUGGAGUGCACUGACGUCGGCUGGAGCGCCUGGCUGGAGCCCUGCGCCGCAUGCAAAAUGGACAUCCCGUUUCCUGGCAACGGCACCAUGGAGCGAAACGUGUCUUGGGACUUGGGCCGCUACCCGGGCGCCGUGAUCAACUACACCUGCCCGAACGGCCUGGUGCAGCAGGUCUACUGCAUUGACCGCAGCUGGGUGCCCUCGGAGAUGCCAGCCUGCGGUGAGAUUACCUGACCUGCGGCCGCUCUCUUGGCAAACGGCACCGUUGUAUGCACAGAGUGCGGUUUUUAGAUUGCCGCCAAUAUUG